AUGAAUAACACUCUCCAUUUUCUUAUGGCACAGCAGGCCUCCUUAGCCCAGGGAAACAACCUAAAUUGUCCUGAUGACGCUUUGAAAAAAAAUUUUUUUAAUGCUGUUCCUGUUUUUAGAGAAGCAAGUGAACAGAACAGACUUCGUGCAGACCAGGGCAAUAGGAAUGAGCUGGGCGGCGCCCCUGUGCAACAGUGGCCAGCAGCCACACUGGCCCGGUUACAGAAGCCAGGCCUGGAGGCUCCACGUGAGCACGUGGCCUUCCGGCCUGACAGCCCAGGACUCAGCAGGACCAACUCCUUCAACAGUCAGCAGCCGCUGGCUGGUGCACCAGGCCAGGCCGAGCCUUCUCUGCCUGCCCCAAACACUGUCACAGCCGUGAAGGCCACACAUAUCUUGCACCCAGUGAAGAGCAUGCGGGUACUAAGAUCUGAACCACAGACAGCCAUGGGGCCCUCCCACCCUGCUUGGGUGCCCGCACCUGCCCCAGCCGCUGAAGGCCUGGACUCGAAGGAUGAGCACGCCUUGGGCCUGGGAGCCACUGCUGUCUACCCACUGGAUGUGGAGAACAGUGGCACAGACCGCAGAUGCCCACCUCCACCCUACCCCAAACACCUGCUGCUGCACAGCAAGUCCGAGCAGUACGACCUGGACAGCCUAUGUGCCGGUGUGGAGCAGAGCCUCCGUGGGGGCCCAACUGCAGAGCCUACGGAGAGGAGCCACAAAAGUGCCAAGGGGGACAAAGGUGGCAAGGAUAAAAAGCAGAUCCAGACUUCUCCAGUGCCAGUCCACAAAAAUAGCAGAGAUGAAGAGAAGAGGGAAUCCCCAAUCAAGAGCCACUCCCACUAUGCCUUUAAGUUCUUCAUGGAACAACACGUUGAAAAUGUCAUAAAAACCUACCAGCAGAAGGUCAACUGGAGAUUGCAGCUUGAACAAGAAAUGGUCAAAGCUGGACUCUGUGAGGCUGAGCAGGAACAGAUGAGGAAGAUCCUUUACCAGAAGGAGUCAAAUUAUAACAGACUAAAGAGGGCCAAGAUGGACAAAUCCAUGUUUGUGAAAAUCAAAACCCUGGGGAUCGGUGCAUUUGGAGAAGUAUGCCUUGCUUGUAAGGUGGACACUCAUGCCCUGUAUGCCAUGAAGACCCUGAGGAAGAAAGACGUCCUGAACCGGAAUCAGGUGGCCCAUGUCAAGGCCGAGAGGGACAUCCUGGCUGAGGCAGACAAUGAGUGGGUGGUCAAACUCUACUACUCCUUCCAAGACAAAGACAGCCUGUACUUUGUGAUGGACUACAUCCCUGGAGGGGACAUGAUGAGCCUGCUGAUCCGUAUGGAGGUCUUCCCUGAGCACCUGGCCUGGUUCUACAUUGCAGAGUUGACUUUGGCCAUCGAGAGUGUCCACAAGAUGGGCUUCAUCUUAAACAUUAAACCUGACAACAUUUUGAUAGAUCUGGAUGGUCACAUCAAACUGACAGAUUUUGGCCUCUGCACUGGAUUCAGGUGGACUCACAAUUCCAAAUACUACCAGAAAGGGAACCACAUCAGACAGGAUAGCAUGGAGCCCAGUGACCUCUGGGAUGAUGUGUCUAACUGUCGAUGUGGGGACAGACUGAAGACCCUGGAGCAGAGAGCACGGAAGCAGCACCAGAGGUGCCUGACACACUCCCUGGUUGGAACCCCAAAUUACAUCGCAGCACCAGAGGUGCUCUUGCGCAAAGGGUACACUCAGCUCUGUGACUGGUGGAGUGUUGGUGUGAUUCUCUUUGAGAUGCUGGUGGGACAGCCGCCAUUUUUGGCUCCUACUCCCACAGAAACCCAGCUAAAGGUGAUAAAUUGGGAGAACACGCUGCACAUUCCAUCCCAGGUCAAGCUGAGCCCUGAGGCAAGGGACCUCAUCACCAAACUCUGCUGCUCUGCUGACUGCCGCCUGGGGCGGGAUGGGGCAGAUGACCUGAAGGCCCACCCUUUCUUCAGCUCCAUCGACUUCUCCAAUGACAUCCGGAAGCAGCCUGCCCCCUAUGUUCCCACCAUCAGCCACCUGGACACCUCAAAUUUUGAUCCUGUAGAUGAAGAAAGCCCUUGGAAUGAGAAUAGUGAAGGCAGCACCAAGACCUGGGACACUCUCACCUCCCCCAAUAACAAGCACCCUGAGCAUGCGUUUUACCAAUUCACCUUCCGGAGGUACUUCGAUGACAAUGGCUACCCCUUUAGAUGCCCAAAGCCUUCAGGAGCAGAAGCUUCGAAGUCUGAGAAUACAGAUUUAGAAACUUCUGAUCUGGUGGACCAGAGCGAAAGCUGCCAGCCAGUGUAUGUGUAGGCUGUGACCAGGUGCCCACAGCUCGUGUCUUCAGAGCCCGGGAGCCGCAGCAGGUGAAUGAACAGGCAGAUGGGAAGUGCAGGGUGACUUUGUUUGCAAUAAGUCUGUUGAUUACAUCACUUGAAAUUCUGGUCUUCACCAAGAAAACCUCAAACCAACAAGAAACUGAAAAAAAAAAAAAGAAAAAAAAAAAAAA